GUGAGCGAUGAAUUGGGUGAGAUGGUAUUAAAUGUAGCGGAUCAUUCUGGGCUGUGGUUUUGUCUGCGGACGCCUUUCCUUCUUUAGCCGCUCCUCGGUUGCGUGAUCCAACCACUGCCAUCUCACCUUCGUCGUCCGCUCCGCUUUCGCUGUUGUCGCCUCGUCCUUCUCCUCCAUGGACCUUCGCUGAUGGAGUGAUGGGGCAUUAAAUCCGCGCGGCUCUGGUACCAUUCAGAAGGCGCCUCUUUCAUCGCCUCUAUCUUCAAUCCUUGUUCUCUCUCUCUCUCUCUCUCUCUCUCUCUCUUCAUUCCACUGCGGAAUUUUAGCGCGGGCUUCGCGGCUAAGAACAGGUCUUCAUAUUUGUUGAUCGCUACAAUUUUGAUUUCAAAUGGGCGAGAAUUUUGGCAAGAAAGCUGCCAGAGAACAGAUCUUUUCAAAUGGGGAUCAAAAUGAUGAUCAAAAUAUUAAUCAUAGUUGCAAUGUCAGAUAUAACAGCAAUAGAGGUUCUCAAGUCGGCUUCCAAGGAAGAUAUACAUAUGCAAGAGCUCCUGCGAAUUAUGGUGGGAGUAAAGCAAUUGCUGGAAGCUCUUCCAGUUCAUCUUCUACAUCUACUAGAUGCUCUAAGUUCUUCCUGGAACAGCAGAAUCAAACAAUUCCAAGGGGAUCAACUGUUGAACAAAAUGGCAGGCAGGGGAAGAUUGAAGAUUUGAUCAAGGUUGACAGGCAGGUUUCUCUGGAGAAUCUAGAUUCUAGAACAGAAAGGAGGAUGGACAAUUCAGAAGACACUCUCACAAUCACAGAGCACACUGAACCUUCAAUCUUACAGAAUAUUUAUACAGAUAUAAAUGAGUCAAGAAUUGACACAUCAGUUCAACCACAUAAUCAAUUUUACUUCAUAAAUCGAGAUUCUUCUUCAAGUUCCAGCAUCAAAGAUACAGCUACUGAAUAUAGGAACUUUAACCCGGCAACUAGAAACAAUUCUGAAAGAUUGGGCUCUGGGACAGAGAGAUGGGGCCUUAAAGGUAUAAGUUGCACAUCGAUAUCUGAUGUUCUUCCUUCAGCUUGUACCUCCUCUCAUGUCCCACAAAAUAGGAGGGUUGAUACAGUAAGAAAGAGACCAUCUGAUGCAGAAAUUUCAGCUGCAAGAAGCAAGGGCACAACCGCAUCUUCCAGUGGAACAUAUGUAGUUUCCAAUGAUAAUGGUGCUGGCUCAAGUUCAUAUCGACGGGAUCAUUUAACACAUAACCGAACAUCAAGAAUUGCUAGAAACAUACCGACAGCCAGGGAUGAUUCAUUUCCAGUUAGAAUUCAGAGGGGUUAUAGCGAAGAAAGUCAAAUGAGGUUACCUGUGCAUGGUGAUGAAAGUGCUUUCCCAUUGCGUGAGUCCUUUGUCUACCCCCAUUACACGUGGUCUCAAUUUUCAGUACCUGAAGUACAACCUGAAAGUUCAUCAAGAUCAUCACGCUCUUUGCAUAGUCCUUAUAGGCGGCCAGAUUUAAGCAAUCAGGCUUCUCAAAUUAGAUUCAUGCCUCAUCUAGAAGAUAACACUGGUGGAAUGCUCGUCAGUUCUUUGAGUUUGGGGGAUAGAGAUGACUACAGACGCUUAGGCAUGGGUGCUGUUGCUGAGGUUCUUUUGGCACUCGAACGAGCUGAACAAGAUGAUGCAUUGACAUAUGAGCAAUUAUUGUUGUUGGAGACGAGCUUGCUCUUUAGUGGGCUUAACUUCAGUGAUAGGCAUAGAGACAUGAGGAUGGAUAUUGAUAAUAUGUCCUAUGAGGAAUUGCUGGCGCUGGAGGAAAGAAUGGGCACGGUAAGCACCGCCCUAUCGGAAGAGCAAUUGUUAAGAUGCCUCAAGAGAAGCAUAUACACAACCAACCAUGUGGCCUGUGGAAUCACCUUCUGUGGGAAUGAAGAUAUGAGAUGCAGCAUAUGCCAGGAAGAGUAUGUCGGCGAAGAUGAAGUAGGCGAGUUGCCAUGCGACCACCGCUACCAUGCUGCAUGCAUCGAGCAAUGGCUUCGGCAGAAGAACUGGUGCCCUGUCUGCAAAUCAUCUGCCUUUCCAGAACAUAAAACUGGCUGAAAUCAUUUGCCAAUCUUUCGUGAAAACAGACUUUUCCCUGUAAUAAAUCCAGAUUUCCUCUUUAGUGGCUCUUAUAUUCUUAAAUGUGCACUGGAAUUGUUAAGCUUGUGUGGAACAUUUCAUAUGAAGCAGCUCUCUUUCCCUGUAA